AUGGGACUAACAUCACCUCCUGACCCUCUCGCUUCUCUGGCAGGGCUGGAGUACAGCGACGUGCUGCCUGACUCCUUCCCCUCAGCCCCGGCAGAGACCCUCCCUCACUUUCUGCUGGAGCCUCAGGACGCCUACAUCGUGAAGAACAAGCCAGUGGAGCUCGUCUGCCGUGCCAACCCCGCCACCCAGAUCUACUUCAAAUGCAAUGGGGAGUGGGUCAACCAGAACGACCAUGUCACCAAGGAGAGCCUGGACGAGGUCACCGGGAUGCUGGUGCGGGAGGUGCAGAUCGAGGUCUCCCGGCAGCAGGUGGAGGAGCUUUUUGGCUUAGAAGACUACUGGUGCCAGUGUGUGGCCUGGAGCUCUGCGGGCACCACAAAGAGCCGCCGGGCAUACGUCCGCAUCGCAUACCUACGGAAGAACUUUGACCAGGAGCCACUGGGCAAGGAGGUCCCAUUGGAGCAUGAGGUCCUGCUGCAGUGCCGCCCACCCGAGGGGGUGCCACAGGCUGAGGUAGAGUGGCUAAGGAAUGAAGAUGUCAUCGAUCCCACCCAAGACACCAACUUCCUGAUCACCAUUGAUCACAACCUCAUCAUCAAGCAAGCCCGCCUCUUGGACACUGCUAAUUACACCUGCAUGGCCAAGAACAUUGUGGCCAAGCGCCGGAGCACCACAGCUGCUGUCAUUGUCUAUGUGAAUGGUGGCUGGUCCACCUGGUCUGAGUGGUCUCCUUGCAACAACCGCUGUGGCCGGGGUUGGCAGAAGCGUACCCGGACCUGCACCAACCCUGCGCCACUGAAUGGCGGCUCCUUCUGUGAUGGGCAGCCUUUCCAGAAAAUCACCUGCACCACCCUCUGCCCAGUGGAUGGAGCAUGGACGGAGUGGAGCAAAUGGUCGGCGUGCAGCACCGAGUGCACCCACUGGCGCAGCCGCGAGUGCACUGCCCCAGCUCCCCGCAACGGCGGCAAGGACUGCAGCGGCGUGCUGCUCGACUCCAAAAACUGCACCGACGGGCUCUGCCUGCAGAAUAAGAGAGUUCUAAGUGAACCCAAAAGCCACCUGCUGGAGGCUACAGGUGAUGUGGCCCUGUACGCCGGGCUGGUGGUGGCCAUUUUUGUCUUCAUUGUGAUCCUCAUGGCUGUGGGCGUGGUGGUGUACCGGAGGAGAUGCCGGGAUUUUGACACAGACAUCACAGACUCAUCAGCUGCUCUGACUGGAGGCUUCCACCCCGUCAACUUCAAGACCUCCCGGCAUGACAACCCUCAGCUGCUGCACCCCUCGAUGCAGCCAGACCUGACAGCCAGCGCUGGUGUGUACCGUGGCCCCAUGUAUGCCCUGCAGGAUUCCUCCGACAAGAUCCCCAUGACCAACUCCCCCCUGCUUGACCCCCUGCCCAACCUCAAGAUCAAGGUGUACAACUCCUCCACCACCUCUCCUCGCCAGGGCUCCAUGAUGGGACGGACCUACUCGGGGGGGUCCCUGCCGGGGGACAACACCAGGGACGGCCACUUUGCAAAUGUGCGGAACAAAGCCCUGGGCUCCCAGCAUCUCCUCAGCUUGCCCAGGGAGCACAGCAACAGCGCCAGCAGCACAUUUGGCUACCUGGGAGGAAGGCUCACCAUCCCGGGCACUGGGGUGAGCCUGCUGGUGCCCCAUGGAGCCAUCCCUCAGGGGAAGUUCUACGAGAUUUACCUGGCCCUCAACAAGGCAGAGAGUGCCCUCCUGCCCUCUGAAGGUACGCAGACAGUGCUGAGCCCGGCAGUGACCUGCGGACCCACCGGCUUGCUUCUCUGCCGCCCCGUCGUCCUGACCAUUCCCCACUGUGCCGAUGUCGGCUCCUCAGAUUGGAUUUACCAGCUGAAAACACAGUCCCACCAGGGAAACUGGGAGGAAGUUGUGACCCUGGAUGAGGAGACCCUCAACACUCCCUGCUACUGCCAGCUGGAAGCCAAGUCCUGCCACAUUUUGCUAGACCAGCUUGGCACCUACGUCUUCGUGGGAGAGUCCUACUCCAGGUCAGCCAUCAAGAGGCUCCAGCUGGCAAUCUUUGCCCCCACUGUUUGCACCUCUCUGGAGUACAGCCUGAAGGUCUACUGCUUGGAGGACACACCAGAUGCUCUGAAGGAGGUGCUGGAGCUGGAGCGGACGCUGGGCGGGUAUCUGCUGGAGGAGCCCAAGCCCCUGCCCUUCAAGGACAGCUACCACAACCUGCGUCUCUCCAUCCAUGACAUCCCUCAUGCACUGUGGAGGAGCAAGCUGCUGGCCAAGUACCAGGAAAUCCCCUUCUAUCACAUCUGGAGUGGCAGCCAGCGAGCCCUGCACUGCACCUUCACACUGGAGAGGUACAGCCAGGCCUCCACCGAGCUCACCUGCAAGAUCUGCGUCCGGCAGGUUGAAGGGGAAGGGCAGAUCUUCCAGCUCCACAUCACACUGGGAGAGCACGCCAGCUCCUUUGACACCCUCCACUCCCACCACAGCGGUGCCACCAGCACCACCCAGCUGGGACCCUACGCCUUCAAAAUUCCCCUCUCCAUCCGGCAGAAGAUCUGCAACAGCCUGGAUGCCCCCAACUCCAGGGGAAACGACUGGAGGCUUCUUGCCCAGAAGCUUUCCAUGGACCGGUAUCUGAACUACUUUGCCACCAAAGCCAGCCCCACUGGGGUGCUCCUGGACUUAUGGGAAGCCGAGCAUCAAGACGAUGGUGAUCUCAACACCCUGGCCAGUGCCUUAGAAGAGAUGGGCAAGAGCGAGAUGCUGGUGGUCAUGGCCACAGAGGGAGACUGCUGAUGAUGAUCCCUGUGGCUGGCAGGCCGGGAGGCCGAAAUGGAGGGUGAAGGGGGGACCCUUCCCUGAUGGCGGGAGGAGGCACGUGCAUCCCCGGGCAGCGGCUGAGCGAGGAGGGGCUGAGACCAUUCGCUUCUCCCUCCCUCCCUGCAUCGCUGUCAGCCUUAGAGACCCAUCCUCAGCGUUUACAAGCAAUUCAAGUGUUACACAGCAUUCCUCCUCCUCCU